CUCUUUAAAAUUCUUUUCAAGUUGUGGCAUAAUUUGUUCUCUUAGUUCAGGAUGCAGGGAGGUAAUUACUGUGGUUUAUUACCUUGUAAAAGAUCCAUAAAUUACGUGCCUAUUUGGGGGAGGGGCUGCUGGGUUAAGAAGCUUGGUGUAAAGGAAUUGAGUUUGCUCUGUUCUUUUAGGGAAUUAUUUCUUUUAAAAAGUUUUGAAGUGUUAAAGUUUUGAGGUUUUGGUUUGUAUUCCCUAGCCCCAAGUUUUUCCUGAAAUUUGCUCUUCAGAUAGAAAUCAAGUUGUUAAUUAAUUGUAAACAUGCUAUUCAGUGAUGCUUUAAGGCUGGUGUGGUGUUCUAGAUACAAUUAUUAUUUUAUCAGAUAGGAAGUAAACAGAGUAAUAGUAACUGGGUUACUUUAUCAACUACUGUAUGUCUGUUUAUAUCAAAUAUAGAUGGGAUAUUUCAGGAACUUGCAACUCAGUCUGUACAUAUGAUUUGCAUCUCUGCAAACAACAGAACAGUUACAAGUAUAAAUAGCUGCAGGAGUUCAGGGCCAUGUGUAAAACAUGAUAUCUACAUCCACAUGUGUCCAGAGAACUUGGAGCCCAUUUGUACUGCAAUCCUACCCACAGGAAAUAUCUCAUGUUAAAUAAUGAUCUAUCAUCCACACACACACACACACACACACACACACACACACACACAUGCACAGAGUGAGCUCAGAGAGCCUUACCUGAGGCUGAAUAGAAAAACACUAGAGUUAAUAAAAAUGUUAAGUGUAGUUUUGAUAGGGAAAUCAGAUUACAUUGUUUGAGUAUAGAUAUAGCUAAUCUGCCAACAGCCUUGCAAAUAUUGACUCACAGUCUAUAUCCCUGGAUGCCUACUCCUUCCAAGCCAACUUUCCUCUAUUUUGGUUUUAGGGGCCUGGAUCAUAGCAUGAAGUUCCCAGUCCUGGACAGGUUGGAGGCUGGAGUGAGUGGAGGGAGUUCUGACUUCUGGGUUUUUAAAAGGCCCAUAGCUUUGCUUCAGAAAAGUAGAAUUCAAAAUGGUGAAGGAAGAGUCUCAGCUCUGGUUGUGUAGCCCAAGGUUGCCCUCAGGGAAGUUGCUUUUCAUCUCAAAAAUUGGAGUUCCUUUUGUUUUUUCAGAUUUUUCCCUUCUCAUCCCACCAAAUCACCCCAUUCCAUUCCAUCCCAAGUCUUUAAUGUUAAUUGUUAAACAGCAGUUGGAACAUUAACUGGGAUGUCCGAGGCAGGGAGGCCCCAGCCCAGAGCUGGGAUGCCUCUGGGCCUUGCUGGCAUUAAGGCAUUUCUCUGAAGCAGUACCAAUGACUUCUACUACUGAUUAAUAGCCUCAAGAGUUUCGAUUUGCUCAAAACUGUUCUGAGAAUUCUGAAGGGAGGCCUUUCUCAUCUUAUAGUUGAUACCUUUGGUUUUUGUUGUUGUUGUUGUUGUUUGUUGUUGUUUGGUACCAGGGAUCGAACUCUGGUCCUUGCGCUUUUGAGGCAGGCAGUGGAACCACUGAGGUAAAUCCUUGGCCCUAGUUGAUAUCUUUGUAGAAACUUGGGGAGUGAGUAGUUGUUAGCAACUGAGGAAUACUUCCCUUUCAGGUUAUUUUCUAGGGUAUCUGGAAAACUCAGUGUGAAUGAUUGGGGAGGGGGCAUAAGGAGCAAAGGGGAGGAGGAGGAAUAGACUGAAUCCUUCAGGAAAAGAGAACAUAUUUUGGAAACCAGCCCCUGGCCCUGUUCCCCAUCUUCCAAAUCAGAGAAAGCAAGUUGUUACCAUGGGUCUCACUUUCUAGUUUCUGGCUUAGAACAGAGCUGGGAAAAUUCACAUAAAGUUUUGCUUCCAGCUAUUUACUAGGCAGAAUAUUAUGGAAAUACUACCACCAGCCUAGGUCAGCUCUUGCUUCCAAGAGGUUAUGUCCUUUUUUAUUGUCCUUCUCAAUUGGGUCCAUGAUAUAGCCAGACCCCCUUACUUGGGGCUUUAGAUUCACAAUGAAUCUUCUGUUCCCCUUCAGGGAAAGAGAAAAAGGGAGGAAUUAUCCAUAGCAUCCUGGAGCUGCUGCUGUAAGACCUUACAUUUAGAUAUAAGCAGCUGAAAACUCACUCUCAAGGAACAAAAGAAUAUGUAUGGCAUGAGGAGCCCACUGUCCUUAGGGUGCUCAAAAUUCAGAAAAUAAUGCUGGAAAGGGGGAACUUUUUAAACAGCUGAUGAAAGGAGUUAGCAAUGUUAUCAAGCAGAAGGCAAGCCUAGAGGUGUGUGUGUGUGUAGGGGGGUGUCAAUGUGUUUUAGCCAGGUUCUUCCUGAGCAGAAUUGGUUCAGUUCAGCUUCCGAUGAUAGACUUGAAGUUGUCUUACAGGAGGGCAAACAGACCCUCCUGCUGAGAGGUUCCCAGGUUGUCUUAGAGGUUGGCCCAAGGGACAUCAGUGUAAGUUGAUACCUUUUGUUCCCUCUUGUAGAGGCAAUUAGAUCAUUUCCCAUUACAUUUUUAUUCAUUAGAAACCUAUAAUUUCAAUAUCACUCAGCUAUGCAUUGAAGGAAUGCAUAAGUAUGGGCUUAUCCAGGGCAUUAGGUCCCUCCAGAUCUUGCUAAACUCUGACCCACCACUCUAUUACCAAGCACACCUUGCCUACUGGGUUCCCACUGAGCAAAAACAACUGGACUCAGAGGAGAAACUUUAACAUUUGUCAGGUAAUUAUAGGACUUUUUAGUUUCUGCUGUGGCUAUGAUGUUAUGGCAUGUGUGUUAGCUAACUCCAUACAAUGGCAGGCUGUGAGGAAGUCUGCUGACUAGGCCAGUCAUUUGUGGGGUUGGCUCUUGCCUUUUGAUACUCUGGCCUCUGAGCCAGAGGUGACUGGGGGACUUGGGUGUGCUGGAUUCAACUUGUCCAUGGAUGGGAAACGAUAAGGAAAGUUAAAUACUGUAGAGCCUAAUAUGGUCAGCAUUGCUGUUUCCUUGUGUUUUGGUGUGCAUGUAAAAAAAUAUAAGUGGAGAUGAGCAGCCUUGUGUGGGGUGUGUAUGUGUGUGUGUGUGUGUGUGUGUGUGUGUGUGUGUGUGUGUGUAGGGGUUGCCCCCAGCAUCCUACUACUCAGAACUCUUACAGACUACUGGACAAGGUCCCUCACUUCCCCUCCCACAAAGCCAAAUGUUCUGCUGAGAAACCUGGUUCCUUCAGUAAUUCCCUUUUUCAAAUAAAAGGAUUUAAGUUGACGUAUGACCACGUGAGCACAUAAUACAGUGCAUUAUUGUAGCAUUUGAAGCGGAGACCCAGGCAGUCUUUGCCUGUGAUUACGUUUUCUAGAUUCUCUACAGAGCAAGAGCUUUCUCCCCCCACCCCCACGCACCCACCUCCUCCUUCUCCUUCCCCUUCUCCGGAGAGCACUCUUAGAGCGGGUUGCAGUUUUCAGCGCUCAUGGAGCAGUUCGGGGCGAGCUAGCCAGCAGUUCGGGGCGAGCUAGCCAGCCGACGGGACUGGAGGCCACACCAGGAGGAUGGAAUUUAUUUUAAGGUCUGCGUGGGGCGGCCAUUGGCGGCGGAGCGUCACGUGACCGCGGGGGCGUGCCAAUGUGCGCCCUCACGGGUGUCAAGCCCUGGUCAAGAGUGUGCGAUCAAGAUCCUGAAACAACGCGAUGCAAAAAACGACCUACUACGACAGCUCAGGGAUCUACGGUGGCUACCCCUACCAGGCAGCCAACGGGUUCGCUUAUAAUGCCAGUCAGCAGCCCUACACGGUGCCUGCCGCUCUGGGAGCCGAGGGCGAGUACCACCGACCGGCCUGUUCACUUCAAUCACCCGCCAGCGCGGGGGGCCAUCCCAAGGCACACGAGCUGAGCGAAGCGUGUCUACGCACCUUGAGCGGCCCACCUAGCCAGCCCCCAGGCCUAGGCGACCCUCCCCUUCCCCCACCGCCGGCCCAGGCAGCACCACCUGCCCCGCAGCCACCCCAGCCUCCACCGCAGCCCCCUGCGCCCACUCCUGCAGGCCCCCCGCCCCCCUCUUCUGUUUCCCCUCCUCAGAAUGCCAGCAGCAAUCCCACCCCAACCAACGCAGCCAAGAGCCCCCUGCUCAACUCGCCCACCGCGGCCAAACAAAUCUUCCCCUGGAUGAAAGAGUCGAGGCAAAAUACAAAGCAGAAAACCAGCGGCUCCAGCUCAGGCGAGAGCUGCGCUGGUGACAAGAGCCCACCUGGGCAGGCUUCGUCCAAGCGCGCGCGCACGGCCUACACGAGCGCACAGCUGGUGGAGCUGGAGAAAGAGUUCCAUUUCAACCGCUACCUGUGCCGCCCGCGCCGGGUGGAGAUGGCCAACCUGCUGAACCUCACCGAGCGCCAGAUCAAGAUCUGGUUCCAGAACCGCCGCAUGAAAUAUAAGAAGGAUCAGAAGGGCAAGGGCAUGCUGACGUCAUCGGGGGGCCAGUCCCCGAGUCGCAGCCCCGUGCCCCCCGGCGCGGGCAGCUACCUGAACUCUAUGCAUUCGCUGGUCAACAGUGUUCCAUACGAGCCCCAGUCGCCCCCGCCUUUCUCUAAGCCUCCCCAAGGCGCCUACGGGCUCCCUCCCAGCUCCUACCCUGCGGCCCUGCCCAGCUGUGCGCCCCCACCGCCCCCACAGAAGCGCUACGCACCGGCGGGGGCAGGCACUGGAGGCACCCCCGACUAUGACCCGCAGGCUCACAGCCUGCAGGGCAACGGCAGCUAUGGGACCCCACACUUACAGGGAAGCCCCGUCUUCGUGGGGGGCAGCUAUGUGGAGCCCAUGAGCAACUCUGGGCCGGCACUCUUCGGCCUAACUCACCUCCCCCAUGCAUCCUCGGCAGCCAUGGACUACGGGGGCGCCGGGCCAUUGGGCAGCGGUCACCACCACGGGCCAGGGCCAGGGGAGCCUCAUCCCACCUACACGGACCUUACAGCCCACCAUCCUUCUCAGGGAAGAAUUCAGGAAGCGCCCAAGCUCACCCAUCUGUGAUGGUGGGCUGGAGCUGCGUGCCAGGAGAGUCCCCCCCUCGCCCUUCCUUUUCUUUCUUUUUCUUUCUUGUUUUAGGUUCUUCCUGCCCCUCCCUUUUCCCCUUUCCCCGUUUUGUUCUCUUCGGUAAUGCAUUUUUAUAGUUUAUGUGACGUAGCAAUCUUGGUUGCUGGAAUGGCUGUCAGUAUCAGUAGCGAUAUUUAUCCCUUCCCACCCCUCGCUCCGCCGCUGGCCCUGCACCCUUUAUCUCCUUCACUCUUUGAUCAGAAACAGGGUAUAUGAACAAAUUUUCUAGUCUAGUUUUCAAUGUGAAUUUGUUCGUACUUUAUGGCUCCCGAGGGGAAGCAAUUACUUUUUUUUUUAAAUUUUGUUUUUUAAAUUGCACUUCUUGUAAAGAGCGAGAAAAAAAAAUCAAAGGCGCUUUGAAACAGGGGCUCCCUGUGCAAGGAUGACUAAGUGUACGUCUUUCCGUGUGUGUAUGCUGGUGAACAGUCAGAUUUAUUUAUAUUUUUUUUGCAAGCAUUGAAUAGUCUAAGUUUUAAAUAUUAUUUAUCCCCAUCCGUUCGUAUUUAUAUUAAAGAAAUUCUGUACCCUGGUUGUUCAGAAGGUUUCUUGGGCCUUUUGUUCAAUGGUGUAUUGGCGUACAUAUAAAAUUUUUUAUUUCAAAGGGAAAUAUAAUUCCUUUAUGAAAACGGUAAUGAUGCAAUAAAACCAUAGAGGAUCCAGCGUUUGAAAACAGUGACUUAGGUUUGUAACAUCCGGCAAAACUGAAAAAAAAAAUCUGUAAACAUGAAAAAUGCUAGAUUUGUUUUGAGAGUUCUACAUUCCUUGCUGCUCACAUUCUGAAAAACGAAACAAAAAAAUAAAAGUUUUUAUUCUGAUUAAUA